GUCUAAUUAACGGCUAAAACUAGUUUUGUAUUUCCAAAAUGUGUACUGACGAUCACGAUAGUGUAAUCAGUUUAUGAAAUUGCACAGUUGAUCAAAAAUUUCUUAUCGUACAAGUAAAACUGACCUAUCGUAGACAUGGGCACAUGUGAAGCUUGGUUAUUUAGUAUUAAUGCUAUGGGUUAAUCAACCUACAGUUCAACCAACACUUAUUAUGUUACACCGGAUUGCUCGUGGUGUGUGUGAAUAAGAUAAAUUUAUUUAUAAACAAAUUUGCUUUGCUCUUUUGUUUUAUUCAUUCUCUCAAAAGCGUAAUCUCAGUCUUGUUGUGGAUGCGGUAGCGAAUACAUCAGCUGUCCUCAUCUUGCCAAUUCGCAGUAUUCUUUUCCGGAUACAUUUUCAAUCUACGAUUAGUGCAGUUCAGUCAAUGUUUGAGACAAUAGAUCAAUAGACAAUAAUCAAACUGUUAAUAUUAUUGUGAUUGAUUUGGUAUCUUUGGCAAUAGUUCCUAGUUUGUGACGAUCCUAUGGCAACUUUCGAGGUGUGUUCUGAGCUAUAUGCUGAAACGGAUUUUUCUACGACGAACGCAACAAAUGGAAACAGCAUAUCUAAAUUUACAUUUGUCUAUCCGAAAGAAAAUGAAAAAACGAAAGGACAGAAUGGGUGCUCCACAGAGGAAGAAGGCAAUAAUCUAGAUUUUAAUGGAUACGGCUUGAAUGUAGCACACAAUCAUAGCAACGGUCAUCAAAAAGACGCACAUAAGCUUUCUAGUGAAAAAAGUGUAAUAUUAGCUGAAUUGCAGGAUAAACCAUCUAUUGAAACCGACAAAGAUGGGGACUUAAUUAUAGAGCGUAAAAGAAAAGGCGUUAUUGAGAUAGAACAUCUCAAAUCAACGAAACUCGAUCUUGUGGGUCUCCAAAUCUGGAGGGGUGCUUUAUUACUAGCAGAUUAUAUUUUGCAUAACGAGAAGAAAUUUAAAAAUAAAAAGAUACUGGAGUUAGGAUCCGGAGUUGGGUUGACUAGUAUCGUAUCUAGUUUUUAUGCAUGCGAAGUAAUCUGUACCGAUAUUGAUGUCGGUGGACUUUUACAGUUGAUCCAGGCUAAUAUAGUUAGAAAUUCCAGUUUAAAAAAUCCAAACUGCAAUGUGAUUGUUACAGAACUUAAUUUCAAAGUUCAGUAUGAAAAUUAUCCAGAUACACUUAAAGCACAACUUCAAGAUGUAGAGUAUGUCAUAGCAGCUGAUGUUAUCUAUGACGAUGACAUUACGGAGGCCUUCGUAAUGACGCUGGAAAACUUGCUACUGGAACUACCUAAGCUCAAAGGAGUAUACAUCGCGCUUGAAAAACGUUAUGUUUUCACCGUUGAAGACAUGGAUUCGGUGGCUCCGAGUUACGAGCAUUUCCUGAGGGUUUUCUAUAGAAGAAAUAACAGGUUUGGUAUUACCAGGUGGAAGCUUAUGCAGAUACCAUUGAACUUUCCACGAUACUUUGAGUAUGAAAAGAUCAAAGAUCUUGUCCUGUUAAAAAUUUCCAAUUAAAAUAGUAGAAUGUUCAAGAAAUAUACGCUUAUAAUAUAUUACUUAAUUUGU